AUGAGUGCCCCUCCUCCAUACUCACCAUCAGGCUCUACUGGAAAUGAUGGAGAGACACGAGAUAUUCGUACUCUGACUGACACCUCCUCCGCAACCUCCACUGCAUCUUCAGCAUCUACCAUCCUCCCUCCCUAUCCCCCAAGCAGAGACCGCACACUACCUAUCCGCAGCGAUGAACCCAGAUCCAUGCCGCCCAUCGCCGGCGCUCUCCAACGUCUCCGAUCCCCCGGCGACUCCGGAACAUCCAAUGCUACCUCCUCUGGCACCCGCGAACGUCUCCGCCAGAUGGAGAUCGAACGCGAUGAUCUCCGCCGCGCAAUGCAGCAGGAGCGCGCUAUAAACGAUCGUCUCAAGCGUGAAGCAGGUCUUACAGGCCUUUCUGCCGCUGAAGCGAGACUUCGUGUUCUUGAGCUCAAGCGAGAGGCUCAAGCAGCCGCUCAAAUGAAGAGAACUCCCAAUGAGGGAAUGUUCAAGGCAGCUUGUGCUACAGAUCUGCUGUUUCUCAUGGAUACUACUUCGUCUAUGGGACCCUUCAUCGCUGCUGCUAAAGAGCAGGUCAAGAAGAUCAUGGAGGAUAUUACCGAGACGUUCUAUAAUGAGGCGGAGGUUAGAAUUGCAGUGGUCAGUUACAAAGAUCACUGUGAUAAGAACCAUAUUCAGUUCAUCGACUUCACCACCGAUGUGGAGAAGGUGAGGGGUUUCAUCGAUAAGCUGAAAGCUCGGGGCGGCGGUGAUGCACCGGAAGAUGUCCUUGGUGGCAUCCAACAAGCCGUCAAUGCCUCUUGGAAGAAUCAGACCCGAUGUAUCAUCCACAUUGCUGAUGCUCCACCACACGGUAACAUCUUUCACAGUUGGACUGAGAAGAGUGAUGACUACUACACCCCUGGAAGCGAACCGCAUAAGCUUCACUACCAGCCUCUUCUGAAGCAGAUGAUCGGUCUGAACCUCAACUACGCUCUUCUCCGUAUCUUAAGCGCGACUGACAAGAUGGCGUACGUUUUCCUCCAGGAAUAUGCUGCUGCGUCUGCGGACUGCAAGCUUCUGAAGACGAACCCCCACUACCGAGAGGCUUUGAAGGCGAACUCUGGACCGAGGAGUAGUGUUCUUGGUAGCUCCAAGGGCACUGCGAAGGGUGGUCUGCUCUUUGAAGAAGCCGAGCUGGGUACUACGUACAGUGCCCUUCGCCACCUUGUUGUCAAGAGCGUCACUAGCUCUGCCUCACGCACUGCCGUUCGAAUGUCAGAGUCUUCUUCUCGAACCGGUGAGAAGGGAACAAAGACUGCUCAAAUGUCUCAUCUUGACGCCAUUGGUGAAGCGGAAGACGAUGAGUUCAACGAGAAGGGAAGCGAAGCAAUUCUUGAAGAUGUUGAUAAGAAGUGGUCUGAUCAGAGUUGGUUUGAAGAUAAACUUGUUGUCGAAGGCUUCAGUCCCGAUACUGUGAUCCACCGCUCUGGUACGCUGAAUGACAUGAUGGCUCACGACGAUAACAUCAAGUUGAGCGUCAUGGAACUCAACGUUCACAAACGUCGCAUGCCAUUCGCUCAAGGCGCUCUGCGUCUUGCAUACUGCGCCAAGACGACGCACUCCACAAACCCAUACGUCGUCAAGUCUUUCAAGCGUGGUGGAAAGCGUCUUGCGCAUCUUGCUGAGGACAUGCGCUGUCAAGCUCUCUGCAAAGCUUUCGCUCUAGAGUUCAACGCUCUUACAGGCGACAAGCAUGCGAUUGACUUUAUCGUCACAUCAUGCCUCAAGGGUAAAUCUGGCGACUCUGGCACCGAUUACAUCUCUCUUGAACCCUUCAUCGAGGGCGAUUAUGUCAAGUACAACAAUAACUGCAGCUACGUCAACGAAGACAACCCAGACGAUGAAUUCAACAAAGCAGCACAGGCUUUCUCACACUUCACCUACGAACGAUCUUGGGGAAGCUUUCUGGUCUGCGAUCUCCAAGGCGUAGGGCACGUCCUCACAGACCCAGCUAUUCACACCCUCGAUCCAGAACGCUUCAAACUCGCAGACACGAACCUCGGAAGAGAAGGUUUCAAAUUCUUCUUCGCAACACAUGUCUGUAAUGAAAUCUGCACCCAACUCGAGCUUAAGAGCAAAGCAUCCAUGAUUUCAUCCGAAAAAGCGUCUUUCCGCGAAUGGUGGCCUACCAUUGACUCAACAGCAUGCUGCUCCAACAAGCUAUGCGGAAAGAUCAUCCAAGUGACCAACGCUAAUAAAUCAGAGGAGUUUCCGGGCUGUAAUUGGUGUGAUGCUUGUUGGCCGCAGCUGGAAGCUACGAAGGAGAAGGUUAUUUGUGUGGCGCCGGGGACGCACCAUGAGUUUGAUGUGUCGAGGUUUUAUUGGGAGAGUCAGGGACGGGUGGCGCCGAGGAAGUGUGAGGAUCAUAGGGAAAGGGAUGAGACUGUUGCGAGGACGUCGGUCAUGGGAGGGAAUUUCUUUGGGAGACUUAGGGGUGCGACGAAGAAGAAGUCGAUUUCAGGCAAGGCUUGGUGA